GAAGUCCUUUCCUGAAUAGAGUUAGUACAGGGAAGUGAUGUGUUAACAUGUAAAAAUACAUGGACAGUUAUCAGGUCUGCUGUAACAAAAAUACAUUAUGAGGAGUCUUGUAUAUAUUUCAAAUCCUAUUUUUGUGAAUGAGUUCAGCCUUCACCUCAGAUAGCCCCCUGUUUUCCUCACUUGUCUUGGCUGUAUAAGAGAUACAUUUGCUCACAGCAUGAGGGUAGAUUCCUUUCAAGUAUUUGGGUCAAAAACAAAACCCACCGACUGAGAGAGAGGGGGCAGAGGGACGGGGGGGAUGAGAGGAUAGCAGAGCAGACAAACAAAACUGCUUUAGAACACAUGGACUUUCCCCACGUGAAUCAAUAUUCAAGCCCUGAUUUCCCUGUUGAGCAAUGAGGACAAAGAGAAGAGGGAGCUGAAAGACAGAUGAGACAGAGGGAGGGCUGUGGGAUGUCAUGUGUAAAGAAGGAGAUUCUCAUUGGAGGCAAAGAGAAAGAAGAUUGCUAUGCAUGUUUUGAGAAAAAAAGGAAAACAAAAAACACCUACAUGCUGAAGCCAUCUUGGUCGCACUGCUACACUCUGGACUCCAGAUCUGAAUAUUAUUAAGUGGCUUUGGGGGGGGAAAGCUCUAACAAGAGUGGAAAGAUGUCCUUCAAGAUGAAGUGGCUGAUUGUAAUCCAGCUCCUGCUGAAUGAACAGGCUCUGUGCAGGGUCCCACCUCCUCUGGCAAUGAGGAACCCGCCGCUUCCAGGAACUGACUACCGUGAAGAGGUAGAGGAGAAAGCCGAACAGGAUCAUCAGUCUCUCCUGGGAUCCCUACUCCAGCUUGGUCUCCCAUCUGCAGAAAAACCUGGUCCUGUAUCAGUGGUUGCACAAAAAGAGGAGAGAGUCCUAUCUGCCAAACAUAUAAUAUCAGUCCUCAGGGCGAAGCUUCGGGGGCAGAUUCAAGCUCAUCUCCACAUUCAGGGGAACGGCAGCUGCGAGGAGCUGCUGUCUGCCAGCACCGUGGAUGACCCAUCAUCCUCCAUGUUGCCCCAGGAGUUGCUGGGUCUCUCUUUAGUGCCCGUGUUGGUGGUGGCAGACUGCCCACAGGAGGCACAGACCCUGGUCCUCAAACUGUACGACCUGCUAGGAAUGGCGGAUACGGAGGAGCUCCUGAUGGAGGUGGAGGGUCUGAUAGAGAGGAGGCUGAGCAAGUCUGCAUCUACGCCUGCACCAGAGAGAGAUCAAGCAGGGUGCCACAUAGAUGCUGUGAUGUUUAACAUCCAGCAGCUGGCCGUGGUGGGAGAAGGUACCUCUAAGCAGGAAGGGCAUUGUGAGGGUUGGACCAGGGUAAAUGGAACCAUGCUGGUAGGAACAGCUGUGGAAGGAGCCACAGGUGAUCUACAGGAGACUGUGAGCACCUGCGAGAGACUGGGAGUCCUGUGUGCUGGUGUGACCAGCAGUGGACCUGGGAAGUACCAGGCAGUGUUUAAGAAAGGUAGUCGCAUCCUGCCCUCUGAAUCCACAGAGUCUGAAUGUUGGAUCUUUCAGUGCAGCGCAGGGGAGAACGUUGCGAUCCCCGCUGCUUCAGGUCGUCGGAUGAAGCGAAGCACCCAGAGGAGCUGUAUCAACAAAAGCGAGGAGCGUGUGUACAAUGUGGUGGAGUGGAUCCCUGCGGUCAGCACCCUCUACAACCUCGGCACAGCUGUGUAUUACGCCUCAGUCAACUGCUCUGAAACAGCCAAGGAGAGAGCCAUCCUCAGUGCUGUUGACCUCGGCACGGAUGCUCUCAUGGUCGCCACAGGGGGGACUGUCGGGGUGGCAGGAUACGCCCUGGGAGCAGGUAUGAAGACCGGUGUGAAAGCUGGUGUCAGGUAUCUGCUCAACUCCAUGAAGCAGGAAGACGACAUGCUGGUGAACCAGUUCAGCUGGGAGGAGGGCGUCAUCACCAUCCAGUAGACUGAAGGAUCAAUAAAUCAGCCUGUGAAGCUUUAGCAAUAAACAUUGUUAUUAUUAGUUUAUAAAUUUUUUCAAAACAAUGACACAGGAUCAAUGUUUGUUAACUGACAUGGCUGAAGAGUAACAAAUUGGUUUACCAGACUUUAUUUAAUCUAGAUUAUUUGGAAAACAAGAUUACACAUUAUUGUAUUACAAGUUGAAAGUGGAAAAAUGCUUUUUUUGUUUGUGUGACUGCGCACACUCAUUUUACGCAGUUUGACACAAUAAUUAUUCUUUAUUGAAGAUGAUGUCAGUGAUUUUCAAUUAGUCUGUAAAUUUAAGUUAAUUAGUAUAUUUUUGAGAGAGACAGUCUAACCUAAAAUUUAAUGAAUAUUCAGUUAGAGUGAAAAUUAAUUACAUUACACAUUCAGUGUAAACCAUCUCAAUAAAAUAUAAAGAUAAGUACGGUCAUAAAGUAAGCCUUUUUGCUUUUUGAAAAAUAGCUCUUUUUGUGUAUAAUGGAUAAAAUAGUUGAACCUUUUAUCAUAUUAAGCAGCAGCUUUUGAAGAACUGGUCUCAGGAAAUUAAACCUUCAAUCCCUCAUGACUUUGAUUUUACCCUCCACCCAGUGUCUUUUCUUCUGCUCACUGUCCUUCAUCUUGUUGUUUUCUUCCCUCCCAACAAAACUUUUUGUCAGGUCAGAGUCACAUUCUCACCUCUGGUGUAAUUGCAGGGACAACAGACAGAUAACUACAUGUUGUUGUUUUAAAUGUUUUUUUUCUUUAAAUGUCAAUAAAUUGUAUAUUAAAUCCGUGUGCAUACGGUGA